GAAGUAUCGAGAUCGAAAUUUUAUGCAAGUGCUCCAAAUAUUUCGAUGAUGUCAACUCAAACUCUAGAAGAAAACGAGCUGUUGAUAAAAGAUUCCAAAUAUCGUCUAUAUGUAAGUGCUGUUGACAAAGCACUUAAAAAUUUUGAAUAUACAACAGAAUGGGCUGAUUUAAUUGCUGCGCUUGGUAAAUUAAAUAAGGUGCUAUUAAGUUAUACUAAAUAUCCAGUGAUACCUAGAAGAAUUAAAUUAAGUAAACGACUUGCACAAUGUAUGCAUCCAGCUCUUCCAGCUGGCGUGCAUUUAAAGGCUUUGGAAACAUACGAUGUGAUAUUCAAAUGUAUGGGAACAAAUCGAUUAGCUCAGGAGCUUUUUAUUUAUAGUGCAGGUUUAUUCCCAUUACUUGGAUAUGCAGCGACACCAGUUAGGCCAGCAUUACUUGCUGUAUAUGAAGCGCAUUUUGUACCAUUGGGUGAACGACUACUUCCAGCAUUAUCAGGUUUUUUAGCAGGAGUAUUACCAGGUCUAGAACCUGGAUCUGAUCACUAUGAUAGUACAAAUGGAUUGUUAGAACGAAUUUGUGAGUCUGUAGGAAUUCAAGAAUUUUAUGCAGCGUUAUGGAAAUGUAUACAAUGUGAUUCACCUGCAAGAGCACCGGCGGUAGCCUUUGCGUUAACGCACAUUAAUAAAAAAACGGGUCAAAAUUCAUCGGCACCGUUUUUACAAGAAGAAAAUACUGUUUUAAUGAUUGGAGCUUUAGAGUCUGCAUUACAAGAUAAUAGUGUAUUAGUACAACGUAGCGCUUUGGAUUUAUUAAUAAUUGUAUUACCUUUACAUGGAACUCCAUCACCUUCGAUUUCAUUAAUAUCAGCAGCAUUGCAUACUGUUUUACGGCGUGAUAUGUCCCUUAACAGGAGAUUGUAUUCAUGGUUAUUAGGUUCCGAAACCACUGCACAAGUAUUACCACUUCCAGUAGACGAUACAAAAAAUGAUGAAAUAAAAAAUAAUGCUACUCUCGAUGAAUCAAACACUUACUACAAACGAUACUCGCACGAACUAGUAUUAAAAGCAUUAGUGACAAUAUUUCGACAAUCGUAUCAAAAUCAAACAAUCGAUAUACGACCGUAUCGUGUGCUAACAUCACUACUUGAUAAACCAGAAAUCGCUACCGAUAUAUUAGAUCGAAUUUUAUUUGAUGUAUUUCGUGCACUUUAUCUUACAUGUAAGCAUCAAUUAAAUCAUGAAGAUUGUAAAGAAGAUGGUGCCGGAUUAUUUGAUACAAAAUUCACGGAUAUUUUACAAAAUCAGAACAAGAAAUUAAAUCGUAAAAAUGCGAUUUUAACAAAGUGUCAAGAUUUAAUUAAACAUGCGAAUCUGUUGUUUAAUACUUUAGAGACAUAUUAUAUUUGGGAGUACAUUGGAGAUUUAUUCGCUAAAGCUGCUUGUAUACCAUCAACACAGAUUGAUGUAAAUAAAAAUGUUUCUGAUGUCGGAACAGGACUACCAAAUGUUUUGGAGUUGUGUUCCGUGACGGAGCUUUUGUUAGAUAUCAUUCCAAUUGAAACUUACGUGAAUAGUUCUUCCGAAAUCUUACCAAAUUUAUUUACCCGAAUUAUUACACUCGUUAAUGACAAUUUAAGCACUUUAGAAGCCGAAGAUAUUGUUUACGCAUUGCAAUUAUGUACAAAUAUUUUAACAAAAAUUCAACCAGUCUCUAUAAAAACAACCACAGUUGCGGUUAAAUCUAGUCUAAAUGCAAGUUUUGUAAACGAUUUAAAAAAAUUAGAUGAUUCCAUGGAAAAAUCAAAAAGUUCAAAUGAUUUAACAACUUCAAAUAUAGCAGAAACCCCAGAAUUAGCUCCAAUAGAAAAUUUUAGUCUACCAAAUAAUCAUGUCGAUGAAAAUCACUUAAAAGCGAAUUUAAAUUUAGAGAAAAGUAAAUCAGAUUCAAAAUUAAAUGAAAAUGAUGAAAAAGACGAGCGAGAACGUUCAAAUAGUAAUCAAAUGUUACGACGUUUUCAAAUUCGUAGUCCAAAAUUUGAUAAGAAAGCAAAAAAUAAAAAAUCAAAAUCAAGUUCAAAAUUAUUCGAUUAUAAAAAUGAUGUUCUCCCAGUAGAGGAAAAUGAAAAAACAAUUAUUUUAAAUCCAACAAAUGAAAAUACUGCCAAACCGGAGAUUGAAAAUAAAUAUAUUUUAAAAUGUCUGGUAUUAUUUAAAACAUUUUUUACGAAUUUAUUACAAAAUAAAAUUUUUACAACCAUCAAUUUAUUAAGCUUCUAUGAGAAAUUUUUAAUUAAGAAAAAUAUUGAAGAUGAAUGUAUGAAACAAUUGGAGUUACUUUUAACAGAAGACGAAAAAAAUAAAUCGAUGUCGCAAUCAUCAUACGAUAUUGUUCAGUUAACAAAUGAUUUUCGUAUAACUUUUGCGAUUGGUAACUAUGGUGAAGCUAUAAAAGCUGCAUCAAUUAUGUUGCUAGAAUUUUCCGCAUUUCCAAAUAUCUUGGAUGUAGAUAUUACAGAAACGGAUUUACCGUUAUGGUUAAAAUAUUUAACAGUGAUAACUUGUCUAAAUUAUGAGAAUAGUAUUGAUUUACAGUUGGUGUGUAUGAAUACAUGUUUGGAAAUUAUUAGUUUAUCAAAAAGUAUGAAUCAAAUGAAUAAUGCAAAUGAGAAAAAUACAACAGUUUUAAUGGGUAUUUUACGUCCUGAAUAUUUAGGAUUUAUUGAAAAUUCAACGUCCAUAAUUGAGAUAAUGGCACAAACUUUAUGGACAUUUUUAUCAACCAUCUCAAAUCAUACACAAAUAUUAACAUGUAUUACAUUAUUAUAUCAUUUGCACAAUAUAUUUGAGAAUUCAAAUUUAGUUGAAAAUGUGAUUGGACGUUAUUUAGUUGGAAACAAUUGUUCGAUGAACGCUUUAAAAUGUUUUGUUACACUAUGGCAUGUUGGACGUGAUUUAGAACCGAAAUUUAUUUUAUUUAAACAAAAUAUACAACAUUUUGAAAAAUGCUUAUUGAAAAUCAUAGACAAUUUACAAAAUACCGAAAAUAUAUCGUUAAAAUUAUUUGCUGAAAACUUUGUUCUUCAUUCUUUACUCCGAAACGAUGUAUCUCGUUUAAUAUCACCAUUAUUUGUAAUGUUAUUAUCGCCGAAUACAGCUCGAAUUUCGGUAUUACAUGCAAACAUAGAAAAAUCGAAUCAUAUUACCAACGAUGAUGUACAGAAAUUUGAAGAUCGAUCGUUAAAGAAAAUCUACGCAAUUAGUUCAGUUGAUGGACAUGUCAUGUAUCAUAUUGCUGACGAUAAAAAGAAAAUUAACCAAGGAAAAUCAUUUUCAUUUUCCAAAACAAAUAUCCAUCAAUCAAAUGAAGCUGUAAGCUUGGCAACAAGUUUAGUUGAUGAUAAAAAUAUAGUGACUCAAAAGAAUCACGAUUUUAAAAUAACUGAAAGUUUUUUAUAUAAUAAUUCAACGAAGACUAGUGGGAUGAAAGUGUUCGUGAAUCCGUUAAGUUUUAAGGAUUCUUCGAACUCUGAUAAAUCGUCUAUCGAUAGUUAUUCGACGUCAGAUGGUACUAGUGAAAAUAUUCCUGAAGUUGAUAAUUUGGUAAAUGAUGAAAAAAGUACUAUAUCAGCUAACGAUCGUGAUUCGGGGAUAAUCUAUGAAACUGACUUUCUAAAUGAAACAAACGAUGAUUUUGAAUUAACAAAUUCACUUCGUAAGGAAAAUAAAAUUGAUGAAAUACCAAAUCAACUCAUUGAUAAAAACGACGACGCACAAGUAAAAAUCAUAAAUUUCUCUCCAAGUAAAAAAGUUUCUGCUUACUUAGAACAAAUCGAAAAUAUUUCCGAUGGUAUAACACAUUCAGGCAAACGAGCAAAAUUCGUUAAAUCACAUUCACUCGAUGAAAAUAACAAGAAAGACGAAGAUGACGAUAGUAUUUCGGAAAGUAAUUUAGUACAUAGUUGGUCUUAUGUCACCGAAAAUGUACAACAUGUCGAUGCAGAUUUGGAAAUCUCAACACCUGCAGAAGAAUUCUUUCAAAAUGGUGGUACAACACAAGCUGUAGUUGAAGACGUCGUAAGUGGAAUUGUUGAUGAAGUUUGUAAAAAUGAGAAAAAGGAAGAGGAAAAAUCUGUUGUUGGAAAAAGUAUAUUAAAAAAUAAAAUUAUAACAAAUAAAAAUCAUAAUACAGAACCGAUUUUGAUCAAUUCGGUUCACUCGCAUUUAUUAUUAUAUCGAGAUGUGUACGAUUCAAAUAUUGUUUUAUAUGCGAUACGCACACUUAAAGCAAUUGUUAACUCGAAUUCGAAGAUGUUAAUUGGUUCGUUAUCAACAACAGCACUUCAAACAAAUUCAGAUAUAAUAAAUUUAUUAGCGCGACAUCGAAAAAGUGUUUAUGGAUAUGGUUUUUAUGGUGAUAGUACCGAAUAUAUAAAUUUUUAUCGUGGUAACAUGUACUUAGAAGUAUUAAUUUCAAUUUGUUUAAAUUAUGCACGUAGCUUUUAUCCAAAUUUAACAACAAAGAAAUUAAAUAAUUAUGAAGUGGAUAAUAAUUUAAAAAUACAAUUAGAAUGUUUAGAUUUAUUAAAUAUUAUUGUUAAAGAAUUAGUUGGUAUUGUUAAAGAAAGUGGUAAAGGUUUUGCAUCGUACAUAACUGAUUUAUUAUUAAAAUGUAAAUUACAAAAAGUAUUAUUACAUAGUUUAGUUGCUUCGGUGAAAUCAUGUGAUACAGAUAAAAAAAGUUUUACAGAUGAAAUAUUAAUUUUUAAUAAUAUUGUUUUUAAAAAAAGUGAUAAAAUUGUUUCCGAAAAUGUUGAAUCUUUUCAAGUACAACUUUUACGGCUUGUACAAUCGUUAAUUGCAUUAGAAUACUAUGUUGAAAUACGCGGUGAAUGUGGUCCAAUCACAACAGUGCCUCAACAAGCAAUUUUCCGUGCCGCAUUACUAUCAGCAUUACAAAGUACAGCAUUACGACCAUUACAUCGUACAUGGACCGGUAUGAUCGCAGCAAGUUUACCAUAUUUAGGAUCAAGUCUAACACAAAUUGUUCUGAGUGUCAUACAUCAAUUAUGCAGUAACAUCGAAGUUAUAUCAAAAGAGUAUAACACAAAUAAAAGUUUAGAUCCUGUGAAAUCAAUACGUGAGGCACAUCGAAAAACAUUCAAACCAGAAAUAAUGGCGAUGAUUUCAUCCAAAAGUCUAUCCACUGAUUUUAAUUUAACACCCGUGGAUAUUCUGGACAGUUCAUUUCAAUUUAUUAAAUCGAACAAAAUUAAAAAAUCAGGAUCGAAUGAAAGUCAAGAACAACCGUUAACUGAUUCAUCUAACUUCGAAAUUAUUUCUGAUUAUGCGAUAAUGCAAUUAGAAUCGUUAACAGCGUUAACACAUUACUGUUUAUUAGAAAAUUCACAAUGUUCGAGUGCGUUAACGCAAACAAACACGUCAACAUCCCAUCAGUUUGGAUUCGCUAAUCCUACACAUCUUAUUAAUAAUUUAUUGAAUGUAUUCACAUCGAAUCCGUUAAUUGAAGAUAAUACGAAAUCACAAACUUCAGAGAAUUAUCAAGAGUCAAAACGUGCAGUAUUAAGUCAUUUACCUAGAAUUGUUACAAGUGUUGCACUUUUGUGGCAACAUGUAUCAAUUGAAACAUGUGAUAAUAACGGUUGUGCUAUCCUUGGUAGUCGACAUAUUUUACGCAAACAAUUAUUAGAAUUUUUAAGUCCGAUAUCUUUGCAUCAUAAUACACAUUUUUUAGCAGCUAUUGGAGUUGCAUGGAAUGAACGGAAACCGAAUAUUAUUAAAACGGUUUUACCAUCACCAAACGAUGCCCAAAAGUCUUUAGUUAAUUUAGUGUCCGCUUUACGAGUUAUUCCUAUUGAUAAUUUGGUACAAACAAUUCAUUCGGUUGUGAAAUCUCCGCCCGUGACAGAAGGAUUAAAGAGUGAUGUUAAUUUAGACCUCUCUGUGUUAGAGUUAUUUUAUUGUUAUAUACAAAAUGUAAAUAAAACACAGCUAAUGGAAUCGUGGAGUUCGUUACUUGGUUUAAUAAAAGAUGGCCCUACAUUGAAUCCAUCAUGUCAAUUUAUAAUAUUAGCGAUUUUAAAUGAAUUUGUACAAAAAUGCUCCCCAUUAAAUGAAAAGAAGGAUCAGAAGGAUUUACAAGAUGUUACAACAAAACUUAUCGAAUCAAUUUCCCAAAUAUCCGGAUCUUGUUUAGAGCAAACUACAUGGCUUCGAAGAAAUCUAGCAGUUCGAGAAGGCGAUAUGAGCAAUUUACCAGCAACACCCGAAAUAUCGAGUGUACAAACUUAUAGCGUUCAAGCACAAAUGAUAUUAGCUGAAAUUUUAGCUCCACUUUUAGAUGUAUGCUUUGGUUCAGCAGAAAAAGAUAAAGUUAUAUCAAUAAUAUCAUCGUUGAUGAAUAAUGUAGUCCCGUAUUUGCGUAAACAUAGUGCAAGGAACGUAAGCAGUUGGUCUGCGUGUUCGAAUUUAUUGGCUUCACUUAGUGGUUAUCCAGCUACACGCCGUGCAUGGCGACGCGAAGCUUUAGAAGUAUUAUUAGAUCCUUCACUGUUUAAAAUGCCCGCUGAAUGUAUUGCACAUUGGCGGAAUAUUGUUGAUCAUUUAAUGACACACGAUAACACGACGUUUAGAGAAUUAAUGAAUAGAGUAUCGUUAGGUCAAUCUGGCGGUUUAAGUUUAUUUUCGUCACGUGAUCAAGAAGCUGAACAACGAGCAAUGUUACUGAAACGUUUAGCAUUUGUUAUUAUUUGCGGAGAUACUGAUCAGUAUGCUAAACAUAUGCCGGAAGUACAAGAACAAUUAGCUGGCGGUUUUCGAAUGGGUGCACCUAAUGUAGCCGGUUCUGUGUUCCUAUGUUGUCGUGCAUUAAUUUUAAGGCUUACUUCUUUACAUAUAACAUCGUUAUGGCCACUAAUUUUAAGUGAAUGUUUACAAACUUUAAUUCGAGUUGAAAAUCAAUUAUCUGGAAACAAUGACUUAAAUAGUAGUACUAAUGAAGGCGGUUGGAAUGUUGAUGCAUUAAGUUCGGAAGGUUUAAAACGAACGAUGGGAGCUGUACAAUUAUUAGAUCUCGCCUUAUUAAUACCCUCACAUGACCUACCUCAUUUUCAAAUGUACAAAUGGGCUUUUAUACGAACAAAUGACACAUCAACAGUAGUUGGCAGUAAUGAAUUUAAAUCAAUAUUCGAACCACAUUUAAAUCGAAUUUUAGAAUUAUUGGAUGCAAAAUAUGGCAAUUGUGAUAUUCAACUACAGCCACACUCGAGUGGUCUAUACAUAUUUAGUUCAUUAGAAGGUACAAUCACUGUCAAUGAUUUACAUUGCCUAGUCAAAGCAAUGGCAACACGCAAAUAUGAACGCCAUGUAAAACAUUCUGAAUUAAUAUCAGCUGUUGAAUUGGACUUUUUAGAAAGGAUUCCAUUGUUGUAAUUUAAUGUUUAAAACAAAAAAUAUUUAAGUAAAUGUUUGUAAAUUUUGUACAUAAUAUAAUUAAUAUUUAGGUGUUUAACUGUAAAUAAUGUUUAAAAAACAAAAAGAAGAUAUAUAUUAUGAAAAAAAAAGUUUAUAUUUUAUGUUAUUCGAUAUUCUAAAGUGCGAAGAACGUCCAAAUAUAUAUGAAAAUAAUGGUGUUAUUUUUAUUUGUUUACAAUAUUAUAUUGAUAUAGUUAAGUAAAUUAAGGCUUGUGUGACCAAAUAUUUACAUAUAUAUA